GUGGCUGGAUGUACGGACGCGCUGUGACUACCAAGUACAAACUGCAGUCUCACUCUCCUCCCCCUCUGUCUCCUUUCCUGCUCUCUUUCCCACCUCUUGUCUCUGUCUUUCUCUUGCUCUCUGCACCUUAUCCAACCCCCACUCUUUAGCUUCCAUUCAGAUCAUUUACCCAUCUCUUCUUCACUCCGUCUGCUGUGUCGUUCUGCCUUCCACUCUUGCUUGUCGCUGCUGCUCUACCCGCCUCACCCUACAUCCUUCCCUUCCUACCAACACUCCCUGCCUCCUCCUCCGCCUCCUGGAGAUCCUCAAAGCUGCCCAGCAAACACUUGCACAGAGCAUAACACACUUCUCUCCUGCGUGGAAAAAACAUGUCAUCUAUUUUGGACCUGGACCAGAUUGCAUGCUCUGGGAAUGGAGUGGAGCAUGACAUUGAGACUCCCCAUGGCGUUCUCCAUGUGACAAUGAGAGGUGUUCCCAAAGGCAACAGACCUGUCAUCCUCACCUAUCAUGACAUUGGCCUCAACCACAAGUCGUGCUUCAACACCCUGUUCAACUAUGAGGACAUGCAGGAGAUCACGCAGCACUUUGCAGUGGUUCACGUGGAUGCGCCCGGCCAGCAGGAGGGUGCACCCCCGUUCCCCACCGGCUAUCGCUACCCGACCAUGGAUGAGUUGGCUGAAAUGCUGCCCUCUGUGAUGACACAGCUCAAGGUACACAGUUUGAUCGGCAUCGGCGUGGGAGCAGGAGCAUACAUCCUCACCCGCUUCGCGCUGAACAACCCCGCCCUGGUGGAAGGGCUGGUUCUGAUCAAUAUCGACCCAUGUGCUGAAGGCUGGAUUGACUGGGCAGCUUCAAAGCUCUCUGGAUGGACCAGUAAUUUGGUGGAUAUCGUCAUGGCUCACCACUUCAGCACUGACGAGCUGACAGAGAACCAGGAGCUGAUCCAGACCUACCGUCUCCACAUCGCCCAGGACAUCAACCAGGACAACCUGGCCCUCUUCUGUGGCUCCUACCAAUACCGUCGGGACCUGGAGAUCGAGCGGCCUGUCGUAGGCCUGAAUGAGGACACAGUCAACACACUAACGUGCCCUGCUUUGCUCGUGGUUGGUGACACAUCACCUGCUGUGGAGGCUGUGGUGGAGUGCAAUUCUAGGUUAAAUCCAACAAAGAGCACACUGCUGAAGAUGGCCGAUUGUGGAGGUCUGCCCCAGGUCGUGCAGCCAGGGAAACUUGCCGAGGCCUUCAAGUACUUUGUUCAGGGCAUGGGCUACAUUCCCUACGUUCUACUCAGUCACCUGAACAACGAAUCAGGUACUGGGUUCUUAAGCAGCUGCCAGGCUUUGAACCUAAUGGGCUCAUAACAGUCUCCGGUGGAUGAAUGUCAAUGUAUGCAGAAAUCCUCCAGACAGCACUGUUUCAUGUUGUUUUCAACUGCAGCUCAGAGUUCUGGACACACUCAGUGUGUUAAACCCAGUGAGAUUGUUGUGCAUACUUUGACACAGGGAUUCAGUUUUUCCUAUUAGCAUGGUUUCUGUUGUGUUGCAUGACCUGCUGGUGUUGCUUCCUGUCAGUUGAGUUGGAUUGCAAACGCUGUAUUACAUUCAUAGUUUUCUUCAGUGGACAUAUGCAAUAAUUUUGUGUCACACAUUUUUUUUUUUAUUUGUUUAGUCUCCAUGGUUGAGAAUUAUUUGCAUGGGAAGCGCUUUUGUUGUUGUCAUAUCCGAGGAUAUGCUGAACGAGUG